UUUUUUUUUUUUUUUUCAAUAUUUUUUUUAUUAAUUUUUAAACUAAAUUAUCAAGUCACUCUGCAGCUCUGAGCUCAAACUCAUUCUUCGAGCUGAUUUUAGAUUGAAAUUGAAAUUUUCAUUUUUUUUUUUCUUGUUUUCUUGCUCUUGAUGAAGCGCCAAUUGUCCAGGAGCAUCCGCGGAAACGUCAUCGUUUUUGUUUUAGCUGAUUAUUUGGAGCUCUAAAAACUUUCUUACCAACAAUCUUUGUCGCAAAUUCAAGAUUGGCUGUGAAAUUUAGGGUUUUUGGUGUGUUUUGCUCUUUGAGCUGAAUUAGUCUUUCCGGUAUCAAGCUGGCUAUGGACUACGAGCCCUAUGAUAGCAGUGGAACUGAUGAUGAUUUACCCCCAUCACAUCAAAGCAGAAUCCCUAGAGGGGGGCGUGUGGCUGGGAAUGGAAGACCAGUUGCAGCUUCUAUGCCAUACCCUAGGAUGUAUGCUGAAACUGACAUGGUGGCCCAGAUUCACCAGCUUGAGCAAGAAGCAUACAGUUCAGUUCUAAGAGCCUUUAAAGCUCAAGCUGAUGCCAUUACUUGGGAGAAAGAAAGUUUGAUAACAGAGCUUAGAAAGGAGUUGAGAUUAUCUAAUGAGGAGCACCGAGAGCUUCUUGGCCGGGUUAAUGCAGAUGAUGUCAUACGGAGGAUAAGGGAGUGGAGACAGACAGGUGGGCUUCAAUCUGGCGUUAUGGGUACAGGCCAAGCUGUUCAUGAUCCAGUACCCAGCCCCACUGUCUCUGCGUCUCGGAAGAAACAGAAAAUUACCUCAUCAGUUCCUUCUCAAUCCUUUGGUGGACCAUCUCCGUCGUUUCACCCACAAACUGUUUCUGCUUCGCUCCAGCCAUCUUCAUCAGCUGCUAAACGUGGACCUCUCACGGGAUCAAAGAGCAAGAAGCAAAAACCUGGCUUACCUGGCGCUUCAUCAAUGAAGUCCAUUCCAUACCCAUCCUCAGGUCCUUCUGGAAGGGGUCAAGUAGCUAAUAGGGUUUCUUCUGGUGCUGCUCCUGAUGGAGCUACAUUACAGUCAUUAAUUGGAAAGAGAGUUAGGACUAGGUGGCCUGAUGACAAUAACUUUUAUGAAGCUGUAAUAACUGAUUAUAACCCUGUUGAGGGACGACAUGCUUUGGUGUAUGAUAUUGGAGCAACAAAUGAGACAUGGGAAUGGGUUAACCUUUCUGAGAUCUCUCCUGAGGAUAUACAAUGGGAAGGUGAGGACCCCGGAAUCUCUCAUAGAGGGGGUUAUGGUGGAUCAGGCCAUGCAAUGAAUAGAUCUGUAGGCCGGGAUAGUAUUUCAGGUGUAGGAAGAGGUAGAGGUGUCACAAAGGGACAAUCCAGAAAAGAGUUGUUACCAUCACAGAAUGGAAUUGGAAAGAAGGUGCCAGAUGAUAUACAAAUUCUUCACACUGAUACUCUAAUCAAGGAAGUGGAGAGAGUAUUUGGCACAAAUCAUCCAGAUCCUCUUGAGAUUGAGAAAGCAAAGAAAGUGUUGAAGGAGCAUGAACAAGCACUUAUUGAUGCAAUUUCAAGGCUUGCAGAUAUUUCUGAUGGUGAAAGUGAUGAGGGAGGCCACCACUAUGGGCAGGCGAUGGAGAGAGAAUAAUGGGAUUGGUUUUUCAUUAUGAAUGCAGCAUAUUUCAUACUCCUGAUUAUAAAAUGCCUGGAGAAAAGGGAAUUCUUUGUGAAGACAAAAGUUGGAGGUAGAAGAGAAUGGAGGAAUGUCAGAGAGAUACAUCUGACUUGAAGGUCGUGUUCUUGUAUAAUACUUCCCAUAAUUAUAUUUUCUCCCCAAUGUGAGAUGACUCUGGGUUUGGGUCCUUUAGGAUAGGUAUUGUUGUAGGCAAUCAUAUUGUUGUAGCCAGGUGAUAAAUUGUUAGUUAGCAGUAAACUGUGCACUUUGGGAAUGUAUAACAUCUUUUGUUUAGUGAUUAGUGUGGCAAUGAUGUAUAAAUUUUGUCUUAUUGCUACAUUUAUGAUGUUGCAAAUAAUUUUGCGCCGUCUCUCUGUGUAACUUGAAUGAAAGGAAUCUUUCUUGCUGGUUUUUGUUUUUGA